GUUGCCGACUCGCCAUGAGCACAGAAAAUAAUCUCUUCAUAGAGAACCUARCAGACGAUGAGAGAAAAACCAUUGAGAAGAUUGCAAGACAUCUUUCAAACCUCUCCACACUAAAAGGCAAUGGGGAUCAAAUUAGCAAGACUGAUGAUAUCCGUUUGCGUAGAGUUGUUCAAGCCUACAAAGAGUUCAAAGACUCUCAAUUAGGUUUCGAUUUGGUCGACGGUGAGGUGAUCAGUUCGUCCAGCUUUAAUUACCAGGAUUUCAUCUCUCCGUCUCGACUCCUCGUCGAGUUAUCUGAAGAGACGAGGUUUAUUGUCCAUAAUGUUAACGAAAUGAUUCAAGAAUGUAAACGGAACUCCCUCUCCAAAAACAAUGACAUUUCAAAGAUGAAUCCAUUGCCUGCUAACUCAUUAAUCGAAGAGAAAAAAGAAGAAGAAGAAGUUUGGAAGCGAAGAGGAAAAGUUGGAUGGUGGAGUUUAAUUUCCGCCUUUUUAGCACCUUUGACUUAUCUGAUAGAUGUUGGGACUGAUUUCAAUCUUGCCCGAUCACAUUUUUCCCAAGGGGACACCUGGUGGGGAUCUCUAACGCUCAUGUUGGUGAUUUUGCCUUCAAUUUUCGUCAAUCUGAUGUCAUAUUUCUUUUAUGUGAACGACGAAGAGAAAGUAAAAAGAAAACCUGAAAGUGGUUGGAAAGCUGUUAAAAUUGCACAUGUUUUGCAGCUUGGAUUAAUCGAGCGAUAUUGGCGUGUAAUUGUUCAACGCUUCAAAACAAGGUCUCAAACGUUUUCGCAUGUGACGCCAUUCAAGUUGAACAUCGCCAUGAACCUUGACACGGCCAUGCUGCAAAUGAUACUUGCCUUCACUGAAGAUGCACCUCAACUAGUUUUACAACUUUAUGUCCUUAUCCGUCAAAACCGCGUAGAACACUUAAUCUCAAUGAGAGUACAAGAUAUAAAAACACUUGCUGCUAUAUGUUGCUCAUUUAUUUCUUAUUCACUGGCUUUGACAAAUUAUCAGAACGCAUUGAGGGACUCCAAAGCAGACAAAGGAGAGCUGGGAUGGAUUGGCUUUGCUGCAAUAUUAUUUUGGCGGGCGUUCAUGAUUGUGUCAAGGGUUUUCGUCCUGGUUUUCUUCGCCACUGAGUUUCAUCUUUGGUUCUUUUGUGUCUUGUGUCUGCACUUUGUUGUUGUGCUGGUUUUGAUUUGGAAACAAGAAAUGAAAUUUUUUAUUGAAAAUAAUAAUUCUAAUAGUACAGCUAAAAGCCUUAUAUUCGGCAACAACACCAACAUAAAUAAUAUCAGCAGCACUACUGAAACUACUGAAACUACUGCCAUCGUAUCAGACACUAUCACCACAACUGACAAUAACACAACUAAUGACAACACUGCCAACACCACUAGCAUCAAUAUCGACAACAAAAUCGCUGAUACUAACAUCUUUUCUGACAGGGACACUUUAACAGCCACGAAUCAUGUGGAUGCCACAGGAAAUACUAGUAUCAUUAUUAUCAAUGACAUCAUCUGUGCUAACAUCAAAAACCACAGUAACAUUGGUAAAAACAGCAGUAAUAUUGACAGUGAUAUUUCCAAUAACAUCAACUCAACCAAUGAAAGCAUGGUCAAGAACAUCAAUUUCAAAUCAUCUACCAACACCGAUUCAAUKAUCAUCACUAACCUAAAUGCUUCAACUCAUUCAUUCAACAACAAUGAUUCUGAACACAAUGAUAAAGACCAUGAUCUGCACAACAAACUCCAGAUGUUUACCCGUGUUAUUAUAGCGUACAUGCACAUUUUCUCGUUUUUUGUCCUCGAAGCAAGUAGAUUGAUAAGUUGGGCUGUUAAAUAUUAUCUCUUAAUUGGUUUAGAAGCCGUGUUGUUUUCAAGUAUUUGGUUUACAAACACUAYAAGCUAUGUUUCAUACAAGCUGGAAAUCUCGGGAAUGUCCGUCAUUUUUCUCUGUUUUGGAAUAGGCCUUCUGAUGAUGGUUGUCUACUACAAGUGUCUACAUCCUACAUUAGAUAAUCCAYCUGUAAAAACCAUUCCCCUGRAGGACCUUUGUGAGAAUAUGGCAAAUAAGGAUGAAAAGGAAGAGCGUGACCRAGACGACUUUGACCUAGGAAUUCAUUAUCCAAAAAACCGAGCCUCAAGUAUAGUAAGGAAAGUAAUGAGCUUUGUUCCCAAGUAAUAUAGUUAGAAUUGAUAGCGCUGUGUCAAAUUCAAAUAAAAUCUCUAUCAUAGAACA